UGAGAAUCACUCUUAUUGAAUUUGCACACCAUCUUUUUUGUAGUAUCGAUUGAAAGAUCUGUCAUGGCACAAAGUGAAUUAGCUAUCAAAGUUAUGAAAGAAGAAUUGGAAUACUUUACAGGCUUUUAUCAGGAGUCGACUGAUUUCGCUGACACGGUCAACAACGAUUCUGUACACUGUCUUGCUCGAUUCACUCCGGACGACUGUAUACUACGACUUCACCGUCAGAAAGAAUCCCAUCCAGUCAAAGUAUUUGAUGAUAAAGAACCAUUCGAAGUUUUUGAUUUGGGAAUAGCUGACCUUAUUCUCAAGCCUGUUCUAAAAGAGGAGAAAAUAGUAAAGUGUCGGACACAACAGAACUUGAGACUGGUAACAGUUACGAACGUUCCCGGACAAGGUAUCAAGAACAUAAUCUUCCUUUUCUCAUCCGCUAAGAGAGCAAAGAACUGGGUCCAUUUCGUGAAAAUAGCCCAGGAGAACAUUGGCCUGGGCAGCAUCUCUUACGGGAGGGAGAACAGAAGAUUAUCAGUAGACCAUCACUAUGGAGACGGAAUGAAGAAGAUUGCUAAGGGUUUUGGAGUAAAAGCAGCAGAUGUGGUGUCCAGUAGGUUGAGAGAGUUGGAGUCAAUCCUGACAGAAAAGGAGGAUGAGUACGAGGGGAUCCAGGAGGAACUCUUCAAACAAACCAGCAAGAUAGAAGGGAGAAAUGAGAAUAUCAAGAUGAAAGAGAGAGAUAUCCAGGAUAUCAAGAAGAAGGUAGAAGCAGCACAACCUCAGAAAAGAUACAAAUACAUCAUCCCUUUCGGACACCCACAUCUAGAGGAAAAGUCGACAUUGGAGAGAAUGACAGCUUCAGAAGACACGUGUCGAAAAGUAGCAUCAAAAAGAAGAGAGUCAAGAUUAGUGGACUGGAGGAAACACGAAACGCAGAAGGAGGGGGAGAUAGGAAUAGGAUCUCAACUUGUAAAACUAGCUGCUACUGAACUUAGAGAAACAGGUGCACUGAAAUGCUGAAUCAAAGCAGUCAAGAAACCAAGGGAUUGAUACCUUAUUAAUGCUUUCCAAACAAAUUAUGUUUUUUAAUUUAUUGUUAUGUUAAGUGAACUCAUUUAUAUU